GCGGCGGAAUGAACCCGCAUCCUUCAACUCAUCUGCGCGCUGGCGCUUUGGAGCCCCCUAGGGAUGGGACCUCCCCUCCUGAGAAACGACUCCUUUUUCUCCUCUGUAGCAGCGUAAAAGCCACAGCUAGGAGUCGCGGGUUAGAGCGCUAGCCUAGACACGCCAGUGCAAACCCAGCCUCCGAUACUGCUUCGCCGUGUGACCCCUGCGCGCUCAGUUUCCUUAGCUGUAACAUGAGCUGGAGCGGGAAAGAAAAUCCGCAAGGGGUCGCAGGCCCGGACUGGCCAACAAACGAGGGCAACAAUAGCGAUAAGAAUUCCGGUUAUCUCAAGCUGUAAGGCUCACGGAGUACCGGUUGGUACGGAGGUUGGCGCUAUGGUAAUCCCGCUUUUACAAAGGAGGAAACUGAGGCAGGCGCAGCUUAACAUGGGUCACACGCUGUUGUUCAGCGUCGAGGCAAAAUCUCCACUUGGUUCUUCCCGAGGAGUGAAUUAUUACCCAGCGCUCUAUCCUCUUAAGUUGCAGUAGCAUUAACUAGUCGGCAGAGCCCCUCAGCCGCAGUUUUUUCUCUUUUCGGGGUAACAGAAGCCGUUGGGCAGGACCGCCUCCCAACCGCCUCUGCAAUUUGAAGACGGCGGGCUCGGCCCUCAACUCUCGCGAGACUCGGCCACUGAUCUCGCGAGAAGGACCACAGCGGGCAGCGAUGGCGGCGGCGGGAGCCGGGGCCGGGGCCGGCGCGGGGCCGCCGGCCUCAGCGGCGGGAACUGAGGAGGGAGAGACGCCACCGGCAGCAGCGAUUGUUGCCGCCCCAGCCGGAGAGGGCACGUCGGCAGCCCCUACCACGGAUCCGAAUUCCGGGGAGGCCGAAAGCGGGGAUUCUACCUUGGUUGAUGUAACUGCUGGUUUGGAGAGUGAAUCCUCAAAUGGAAAAGAUACACUAGAAGGAGCUGGGGACAGUUCAGAAGUCAUGGACACUCAGACUGGUUCUGUGGAUGAAGAGAAUGGUCGACAGCUGGGAGAGGUGGAGCUGCAGUGUGGGAUAUGUACCAAGUGGUUCACAGCAGAUACCUUUGGCAUUGAUACUACGUCCUGCCUACCUUUUAUGACAAAUUACAGUUUUCAUUGCAAUGUAUGUCAUCACAGUGGGAACACCUAUUUCCUCCGAAAGCAAGCAAACUUAAAAGAAAUGUGCCUUAGUGCUUUGGCCAACCUGACAUGGCAGUCCCGAACACAGGAUGAACAUCCUAAAACCAUGUUCUCCAAAGACAAGGAUAUUAUACCAUUCAUUGACAAGUACUGGGAGUGUAUGACCACCAGACAGAGACCUGGGAAAAUGACUUGGCCCAAUAACAUUGUUAAAACAAUGAGUAGAGAAAGGGAUGUAUUUUUGGUGAAGGAACAUCCAGACCCUGGAAGUAAAGACCCAGAAGAAGAUUACCCCAAAUUUGGGCUUUUGGAUCAGGAUCUUGGUAAUAUUGGCCCAGCUUAUGACAACCAGAAGCAAAGCAGCACAGUAUCUACUAGUGGAAAUUUAAAUGGUGGAGCCUCUUUUGGAGGGGGAAUUGCAGCAGGAAGCAGUGGAAAAGGAAGAGGAGCCAAGCGCAAACAGCAGGAUGGAGGGACCACAGGAACAACCAAGAAGGCUCGAAGUGACCCAUUGUUUUCUGCUCAGCGCCUUCCCCCUCAUGGCUAUCCAUUGGAACACCCAUUCAACAAAGAUGGUUAUCGGUACAUUCUCGCAGAACCAGACCCGCAUGCUCCAGAUCCUGAGAAGUUGGAACUAGACUGUUGGGCAGGGAAGCCUAUUCCAGGAGACCUCUACCGAGCCUGCCUCUAUGAACGGGUUUUGUUAGCGCUUCAUGACCGAGCUCCUCAACUAAAGAUCUCAGAUGACCGACUCACUGUGAUCGGAGAGAAGGGCUACUCAAUGGUUCGAGCCUCCCAUGGAGUUCGGAAAGGGGCCUGGUAUUUUGAGAUCUCUGUGGAUGAGAUGCCUCCAGACACGGCUGCCAGGCUGGGCUGGUCCCAGCCGCUCGGUAACCUCCAAGCUCCUCUGGGCUAUGACAAAUUCAGUUAUUCAUGGCGGAGCAAGAAGGGGACCAAGUUUCAUCAGUCCAUUGGCAAGCGCUACUCCUCUGGCUAUGGUCAAGGCGACAUACUGGGAUUUUAUAUCAAUCUUCCUGAGGAGACAGAAACUGCUAAGUCUUUGCCUGACACCUAUAAAGAUAAGGCUUUGAUAAAGUUCAAGAGUUACUUAUAUUUUGAAGAAAAGGAUUUUGUGGAUAAAGCUGAGAAAAGCCUCAAGCAGACUCCCCAUAGUCAAAUAAUAUUCUUCAAAAAUGGUAUCAGCCAAGGAGUGGCCUACAAAGAAAUUUUUGAAGGAGUCUACUUUCCUGCCAUCUCACUGUAUAAAAGCUGCACGGUUUCUAUCAACUUUGGACCCUGCUUCAAGUUUCCUCCAAGAGAUCUCACUUACCGCCCGAUGAGUGACAUGGGCUGGGGUGCCGUGGUGGAGCACACGCUAGCUGAUGUCUUAUACCAUGUUGAAACAGAAGUGGAUGGGAGACGGAGUCCCCCGUGGGAGCCAUAAAUAAUCAGUUUCCCUGUUCUUGCUCGUCAUAACUUUUCUGUGGAAUGAAACUGGGUGUGUCAUAUACUUUAAUUUUUUUUUUUUAAACAGUUUCAAAUGUCCUCACCUCAAGGGACCAUGCAGAGCUCAGCAUUUCCUUUCUCAAGUUAUAAGAUUAGGUUAGCAGUGGAGGGUAGGGACAGGCAAGCCCUUGUCCUCUACUGUUGUCCCUUGUUUAUGAAUGAGUACUCUUCACCAGUGUACCAUGCUCUGAAAACUCCUGACUCUUCAAAAUCCAAUGAGCUUCCUGAGAAAUUGGUGCUGUGCCACAUGUCAUUAGAUUUCAGGCUGCAUAUCCAGCCAUGUUUCCAACACUGAGGGAGUUGUCUUUUUCAAGCUACUUUCUUGUUUAGAAAACAUUUCCAUGUGUGGAUAUCGACUCUUUGUCCCAUUCUUCAGAUUUUUGCAAGGGACAGUCAUUCCAUUUCCAGGAGCAAUUGAAUUAGUGAUCCCUGCGGAGCAGCAUUGUGCUCCAAUAGCUCUAAAAACUAUUCAUUUUGAUUUUUUUUUAAUUGUAAAUAGUUUUCUUAUACAAGGAUCUCUAAAAUGCCAAGACAGCCAAGUGCAUGAAACUGUAAUUGUGAAAGAUUUUAUUGCUUGUAACUUUGAAAGAAAUAAUAACCAGUCUGAAAUAAAACUUGAAAAUUAAUU